GGCCUCAAAAGAACAAGGAAGUCAAAUUCCAAAGAAAUAUUGGGCAAUCUUCUUUGAGAACCAAGGCAUUUUGAACACAGAAACAAGAGGAUUCAGAAGAAAAUGUGAUCAACAACCGCGUACAUCGGUUUGGAACAUCCUAGGGAAAGUUAUCCAUGAUCAAGCGAGAGGAAUUGCCAUGAUUAGAUCAUUUGUCCAACAUGUUUUGAGAUGAUGAAGUUACGCAAGUGCGACCACGAAAAGUACAGCAAGUCUAAACUCAAACUAAAGGAUCUUAGAGUGUUUCUUUGGAUUUAGAAGUACUAUGAACCAGACAAAUAUCUUAGGACCAACUCAAACCAAGUACAAACUGGAUCAAGCUGCAUUUGAUUCUCAUCAAAGAUCUUCGCCGGAGAACUCAAAUGCGAUAAAGCUCAGAAUUGCCAUUGCAUUUGCUGUAGGAUGUGCUGUUCUACUCCUUUCUGUCUUUCUGUUUCUCCUGUACAAAUUYGUCCAACGUCGUCGUCAAUCCCAAAAGAACGAUCACAAACUCCUCCACAAAACAGCCUCCAUCCGGGAAAGCGAUUUCUCCCAUGCACCCCAACAGCGCCGGCACAGACCUCUCAUGCAGACAGACAGCUCAGCCUCUGAUGUCUUUCUCCCUGACUGGAGAAAUGGAAAUAUGAGUCCCACAAGUGAUUCAGACGAGGGACACAUUGAGGCAAUCCCUCGCGUUGGAAAACUGGAGUUUUCCGUGUUAUAUGACACAGAAAAGGAAUGCCUAAGAGUGACAGUUUUAUCCGCAAAGGGAUUAGCGCCUUAUGAAGCUACUACAUACGUAGAAAUCUAUCUCUUACCAGACAGAGAACUGAAACAUCAAACUAAGGUACACUACAAGAAUUGCAAUCCCGUGUACAAAGAAGGAUUUGAGUUUGACGUCUCAUUUGCUGAACUUCAAGAGCGAACACUCCAGUUUUGUCUGUUUAGCUUUGAUGGCUUCUCAAGGCAUAAGACUAUUGGAGAAGUGUUUUAUAGUUUUGACGAGAACUUGAAUUUGGAAGAUAAUACUGCGAAAGUACUAGUAACAGAUAUAAAGAAGAAUAUUUCAUUGUUUGCGGAAAACAAUCCAGUUCGUGUUGGAGAAGUACUCGUGUCAUUAUGCUACUUACCAACCUCUGGAAGGUUGACAUUUGUAGUCCUUAAAGCGAGGCUAUCGAAGAAAGAAAUUGGGGAUCAAUUACCCAAUCCUUUUGCAAAAGUCUCUCUCCUCGUUUCCGGUCGUCAAGUCAAGAAGACUAGAACCUCGAUAGUACGUAAAACCUUACAGCCAGUCUACAACGAAGCCUUUGUCUUCGACAUCCCCGUUCACCGGCUUAGUGACGUCAGCCUCUUAGUGCGUGUGCUUCAUUCCGAGGCCCAGGGGGAGAAAGACAAGGAUGGUAAGACAAUAGGCAAAGCUGUCAUAGGUCCUGAUGCUAAAAAUAGUAUUGGUCUUCACCAUUGGAACUGUAUGAUGACAUCUCCUAGGAAACCAAUUGCCCAAUGGCAUCCACUUAUGCUAAGUUAAGGGAAAUUAGGAAUGGAAUGUCUGUAUUUCCAAAGGCAGUCAAGAAUAGACCAAAUGCAAAACUCGCACCGAUGUGAGGCUGAAGUUGUGAACAAAGGGAUCUGCGGUGAUUCAAAGCAAUCUGUCGUGAUUUAAAGCAAUCUGGCGUGAUUUAAAAGUCACGAAUCAUGCCAGAUCCCUUUGUUCACAACUCAAGCCUCACAUCGGUGCGAGUUUUGCAUUUGGUCUAUGGUCCAAAAAUUGUCUUGUUUCAAAAUUAGGAAUUUCGAGCGAGAUGGCGCAUCAAAUUUGUCGACGCCAUCUUUAAAAAAUGUCAAUUCGAAAAUAAUGUUUGUAUUAACUUUUGAAAGAUCUCUACGUUCGCAAUGCUUUUCCAUUUCAAACCACGUGUUCCUUGAGUGUUAUUCAUUUUUUUACUGGUAACACUAUACUCAAUGGGAUGGAUGGAACUAUCUUUGUACGAGAAUUACACGUGGUCUGAAAUGGAAAAACAUUACAUCCAGAACUAGAGAUGUAUGCUCGUUUUCAAAUUGUAGUUAGAGCAAAAAUGAGUCCAAAUUUCCAGUGAGAAAAAAAAGUCUGAAUUUUAUAUUGAUGGUUUUCACAGCCGCCAUGUUGGAUGAAUGUAACAAAAGAUUCGUCAUUAGUCUCUUUUGUUAUAUCAUCCAACAUGGCCGCCGUGACUUUUGUUAUUUUAUUCUCUUGGGAAUGAUUGAAAAUCAGCAAUUUUCUGUUAUUUUCAUACUUAGGAUUAUUUUGGUAAUUUUGAUUAAAAUAAGGAAAAGCGUUAUUUCGAAAUUCCUUGUGUCGCAACCUUUAAUUUUUCAAAAUUUAAUUGGACGUUAUUCUAUUUUAUGUUCCUUGUCAUGUGAGAAGUUGCUUUAUGCAAAUUAUCCAGGAUAGAUGUUCACUAAGUUACGUUACAUGAAUCGUGGGAAAUUUGCAGCAAAAAGCAAUCACAUUGGCGGGAUAACAAAUACUGUCGCGAUUCAAAGGAGUUAGAAUAAUAAAUAUAAUAAUUAUAAUAAAUAAUAGUAAUAAAUUAAGGGAAUAAGGUAUCUAACUCUGUUUGAUAAUAUUAAUACUGGGCUGCUUGUGUUAUCAUCUAAAGUCACGUCAUCAUUCAUCUGUUACAAAUAAUAUAAUAAUAAUAAUUACAGUUCAUAUAAAUCAACAACAUGCAUCAACAUUUUCAUCAUAUCCAUACACCUAUUUCAAAAAAAGUUGUUGGUUGGAGAUCUGAUAUCUGAGACCAUGUAGCACGCUGCAGAUGUGAUAUAUUCACAGCCAAACAUUUAGUUUCCUUUUACAUCGGAAUGUGAAGCUUGUCCUUUGAGUUAGGAAUAUGAUUUUUCGUAUUUUAGUCAGAAAACACUAAAUCACAAUAAUUCUGUUUAGUCUCAGAUCGCUCAUUUCAUAUCUCGGACAGACAACGUGUUUUAAAAUAGGUGUACAUACAGCUAGUUCUACAAAGGUUGAUGAAGGUUUUGUGAGUUGCAUGCUGCGUAUUGCAUGUCGCAUGUUGCAUGUUCCUUACCAAGCUUGAAAUGUAUUAUAUUAAAAAAGUGCAGACAAAUCAUAGGAAAAAAUUUCCUACUGUUCUGAUCACAGUUUCGCUGAUUGCAUUCACAUUACCCAUAGUGCAUUUCGGGAUGGGUAUGCACCAAACCUCACUAACCUUUAUUGAAGUCGCUGUAUAUAUUAUACUGAACAUAUAUUUUAAGAUACAACAUAUUUUUGUAUUUUCGCUCAGAAUGUUUAAAAUUUGCACUUAUUAGUGUAGAAACAAUCUUUUUUUAUUUUAACGAUA